CAUCACGCUGGGCUCACAUUUGGGUCUGGCUGCAGCCUGGAGCCACACUGGUGAAGUGACGUGCGCGCCUGACGACGCUAAAUGGCAGCACUUGAAAUAGCGUGUACCUGCCAGCAGCACGCGCUUCACCCACUUGGCUGAUGCGAUCGCGGACGAACACUUUCGCUUUUGCGCUUCAGCACCGCGACGCGCUGGACAGCUCCUCCGUCUACAGCAGAGGAAAACCAGAGCAAUUAGAAACUGAAGUUUAUUUUUUACUUUACUAAGUUUUUUUUUUUAAAGAAAAACGAUGGGUACAACAAACGUCUCCUUCUUUGAUUUCAUCGGAGGAGUCCAACUUCUCCAGGGCGAGGACACCAGAACUGCCAUACCGGUCAUCCUCAUCGGGAUCUGUGUGUCCGGAGCGGUUGGGAACUUGCUGGUUUUGCUGAUUUUCAUCCGUGACUUCAGGAGCGGACGGGGCUCCGAGGUGAAGGCGCUCCUCGCCUCUUUGGCGUCCACGGACUUGCUGAUCCUGUUGCUGUGCGCCCCCGUGCGCGCCGUCACCUACUACAAGCAAACCUGGACCCUGGGUACUUUUGUGUGCAGCACCGCGGACUGGUUCCAGCACUCGUGCGUGGUGGCGAAAACUUUCAUCCUCGCUGUCACCACGCGAGCCAAGCACACGCUGGCGCCCAGCGCAGCCGCGGGGCCGCGCCGCAGCCCGACGUGGAUCCACGGAGCGCUGGCGUUCAUCUGGAUCGUGGCCAUGCUGUUCCCGAUGCCGCAGAUGCUUUUCGCGUCUCUGGUGCCCCACGGCAGCGACGUCGUCUGCGUCUCUGAGAUGCCAGCGUGCGCGUCAAACUUCAUGGGUUUGUUCUACAAGAUUUACCCAACCACGACCUUCGUGGUGCCGGUCAUGUCCACGGUUGCCUACUACACCAAGACCCUGCACACUGCUGUGAACCACGCGCCGAGCCCGCAGCACCAGAGCAAAGUCACCCUGGUUCUUCUGUGUCUGAGCGGCGCGCUGGGGCUGAUGCUGCUGCCGGAGUGGGGGACGUUCACCUGGAUCAGACUCGGCUACAACAAGCCGCCUCUUGGUUUGAUCAUCUUUGCGCAAGUCCUGCUUUACGCAUGCAGCGCGCUCUCUCCGGUCCUCCUGAUGACCAUGUACGACGACGUGCGCCAGGGACUCGUCACCAUUUGGUUCGUGGCGACUUGCAGACGCGCAAAGAACGUGCCCGCCGGCAACGACAAGUGUCCAAAAACGGAGGGAAACGGAGCGGAGGUGCAGGGCGCGAACGCCGUCGCCAACGCGGUGCCAGCGGAGAACGAGAAGACCUUCCCGGACGUGGAGCACUUCUGGACGGGGCGCAGGAACACGCACGUCGAGGAGGAGCAGGAUCCGGUUCCGUGGGAGAGAGAAGAGAAGAUGUUGUAGACAAUCAGACGUGGAAAGUGUCUUUUUUGAAGAAUUCGGCUGGUUCCCAGUGUUGACACAGCGCAGACUAGAGUGGCUUUUUUGAUAAUCAAUCGCUUUGAGUGUAUUUUUUCUUGUAGUUCUCAGAUUUUUCAGCUUCUUAAAUGUGAAUAUGAUCCAAAUAACAAAGAAAUCAUUCACACUGAUUGAUUUAAGGGGUUUCUUGGACUAAACAAGACAUUUGAGAUCAUUUUGAGGUCAAUAUUUAAACAUUUUGCAACAUUUUCUGACAUUUUGUUGACCAAACAUCCAAUAAUCGACAGAUCAAUGGUUUAUGAUAAUUGAUGAGUUGCAGCUCUAUAGUGCAGACUCUUGGUCUUGUCUUGCAUUGGUCAGAUGUAAAAAUGAACUGGUCAUUGUUUCGAUGUGGCACAGUGACUUUUGCACUGUCAGAUCAACACUAAAAAAAAAAAAUUUUAACAUAAUUUCAAACUGUAUUUAACAGUUUUGAUGUAACAGCAGCAAUAAAAUAAACAUUUAUAUGUUUCGGAAAAGUGUCAACAUCUGAAUUUAACACUAUUUCAGACAUAUUUAACUGUUUUAGUGUCAGGCUAACACUAAAAAAGUAGAAUUUAAGACAGCUUCACCAAGUAUUAAACAUGUUUUAAGUUAACAUGACACUAAAAGUUAAGUUUAAUUAUGUUUCAGAAUGUAUUGAACUCUUUUAACGCUUAAAUUGACAGAAUCUAACAUGCAUUUAACCCAUUUAAUGUUAAAUAUUUUUUAAUGAAUUCCUCUAAUGCUAAAGUAACACUAAACAAUCGCAUUCAACAAUAUUUUAAAAUGUCUUAAACUGUUUUAGUGUUAAAUUAGCACAGAAAGUUAUUUUAGUAGUGAAGUAACACUUUGAUAUUCAAUUUUAACUAUAUUUAAGUAUCUUUAAUCCUUUUAGUGUUAAAUUUACACCAACAAGUUCAAUUUAACACAUUUCCAUAGUGUACAUAAUUCUUAUGUUGUUUAAGUUAAGUAAUUUUAACACCAAUCCUGAUUAGGACCAAGUUCAAUAGUGUGAAAUUAAACUCUUAGAGUCUAAAAUAGUGAGUUACAAUUACCACUGUCCAAGUAUUGGACAAAUAUUCAAUUCAAAUGGCCGCUGAAAACCUUUAGUGUUUCUUUGACUUUGCAAAAUGCACCGUGUACGGAUGUUUCUACAUAUCUGCGUAGGAUACAUUUGUUCUUGCACUGUCAGGUACACAGAGCACCUUCACUAGAGGAGUUUUGUACGAAGAUGAAUCAAAUGUAAAUAUCCAGGACACUCGAGCAUCAAAGGGUUUGUUGUGAUUGUGUGCUGUGUGUGUGUGUGUGUGACGUGGAUAUUAAAAUAUUCUCAAAUAAACUGACUAAAAUGAC